GGCGGGCCGGAGGCUGGCGUCCCCGCCUCCACAGCAUUCCGCUCGUCGCGUUGUGCUGUCCUCCUGCUUCCUUUCCUUCUUGCUCCCCUCCUUCCUUCCUUCCGCCGGGCGCGAUGGAGACGGGGCGCCGCGCGGCCGCGGCGCUGCUGGCGCUGCUGUGGGCGGGCUGCGCGCUGCGCUCGGGGCGCGCCCAGUACGAGCGCUACAGCUUCCGCAGCUUCCCGCGGGACGAGCUGAUGCCGCUGGAGUCGGCCUACCGGCAUGCGCUGGACCAGUACAGCAGCGAGCACUGGACGGAGAGCGUGGGCUACCUGGAGAUUAGCCUGCGGCUGCACCGCCUGCUGCGCGACAGCGAGGCCUUCUGCCACCGCAACUGCAGCGCCUCGCCGCAGCCCGAGCCCGCCGCCGGCCUCGCGCGCUACCCAGAGCUGCGCCUCUUCGGGGGCCUGCUGCGCCGCGCGCACUGCCUCAAGCGCUGCAAGCAGGGCCUGCCAGCCUUCCGCCAGUCGCAGCCCAGCCGCGAAGUGCUGGCCGACUUCCAGCGCCGCGAGCCCUACAAGUUCCUGCAGUUCGCCUACUUCAAGGCAAAUAAUCUUCCGAAAGCCAUUGCAGCUGCUCACACCUUUCUGCUGAAGCAUCCUGGUGACGAAAUGAUGAAGAGGAACAUGGCUUAUUACAAGACCCUGCCUGAUGCGGAGGACUACGUUAAAGACUUGGAAACCAAGUCAUUCGAGAGCCUGUUCAUCCGAGCCGUGCGAGCCUACAACGGUGAGAACUGGAGGACGUGCAUCACGGACAUGGAGCUGGCCCUCCCUGACUUCUUCAAGACCUUUUAUGAGUGUCUCGCUGCCUGCGAGGGCUCCAGGGAGAUCAAGGACUUCAAGGAUUUCUAUCUCUCCAUAGCAGAUCAUUAUGUGGAAGUUCUGGAAUGCAAAAUACAGUGCGAAGAGAACCUCACCCCAGUUAUAGGAGGCUAUCCGGUGGAGAAGUUUGUGGCUACCAUGUAUCAUUAUUUGCAGUUUGCUUAUUAUAAGUUGAACGACCUGACGAACGCGGCCCCCUGUGCCGUCAGCUACCUGCUCUUUGACCCCGACGACAAGGUCAUGCAGCAGAACCUGGUGUAUUACCGGUACCACCAGGACAAGUGGGGGCUCUCGGACGAGCAUUUCCAGCCCAGACCAGAAGCCGUCCAGUUCUUUAACGUGACUACACUCCAGAAGGAGCUGUAUGACUUCGCUAAGGAACACAUCAUGGAUGACGAUGAGGGAGAGGUUGUGGAGUACCUGGAUGACCUCUUGGAGCUGGAGGAGCCCAGCUAAUGCCCCGCAGCCAGAGACACCUCCCUUCCACGUUCAGGAAACACAGACUCUUCCCUUUCCCCGCAGCCCAAGUUGUUGAUACCUCAGAGCCUUCUCUCUGCUCUGCGGAGUGAAAGCGAAGCUCCGUCUCUCGCUCCGUCUGACGAGGGGUGAGCCUGCGUCCCCGAGUCCCCCCGCCUCCCAGCCGCACACUCGCUUUCUCCAUGUUCAUACCUGCCUUUCUCACCACUUUGGUCAGAAGGACAGCUUUUCAUGGUUGGGGGUUUGUUCGUUUGUUUCCAGAAAAUCAGUAUAUUUUAAAUAAGAAAAAUUUCUCUCCAAGAUGGUAAUUAUAAAAGCCUCCUCAAGCCUUUCUGCUUUUCCAGACUUUGGUAUCCUUUCUUCCCACCCCUGACCCAGCAAGGACGGUGAGGACAGAGGCUAAAUAAAACGUCUGAACAUGG